GCAGCUGGUUGGAACAGGAACAUGAACGGAUUGAAAAAGAGCUUUUACAGAAAAUUGAUCAGUUUUCCUUGGCCCUUAAGGAAAAGACCGCAAUGAGUGAAAGGGCCAUAGAGAUGAGAUUCAGCCAGAUGGCAGAGAAACUUGAUAAAAUAGAAGAAAUACAAAAUAUAACCGUAGAAGAACAUGGAACAAAACAAGCUGAAGAGAAGAUAAAUAUUCGAAUCAGCAAGCUUCAGAUGGAGAUUAAUGAAGAUAUAAAAGAAAUGAAAGCUGAAGUUAAUGCUGGGUUUGCGGCUAUCUAUGAGAGCAUUGGGUCCCUACGGGAAGUUCUAGAAGCCAAAAUGAAACUUGACAGGGAUGAGCUACAGAAGCAGAUUCACCAAAUGAAACAGGAAGUUCCGACAUAGGGAGAGGCGAGACUAUGACUGAUCACAAGAUUUAUUCAGAGAGAAGAGCAUUUAUGUGUCUAAAUAGGCUGCAGCCUCAUUCCAAUCUGUAAUUAAGUGCAUACACCAAAUAACAUGCUUCUGUUCCACAGGUGUGUAUGUUUACUGUAAGCGGUAAAUGCAAGCUUUGAAUAGCUAAGUUGAUAAAUAAUUUUUAGUGAGCAAAGCCCUAGCUCACCAUUGUCUUACUUCAGUUGAUUUCAGUGGAGUUACAGCUGUUUAAAAGUGGAGUAACACAUUGGUGAAUGCGAUGCCAAAUUUGUUAAAGGCACCUCAGUGCUGCCUACACUUUUGUGGGUUCUGAAAUAUUAGCACUUGUACCCAUAGUUAAUUGCUCUGUUUAAAAGUCAAGCCUUAACAGGUCAAUAUCACUUUGCAAUUCACCAUGUUGCCAGAUCUUUCUCCCAUUGAAGUCACUGGAAAUGUUCCCAUUAACUUCACUGGGAGCAGAACUGGCUUCUAACAAACCAGUUUUUAAAAUCCAAAUACCAUCAUAAAUGACACCUUUGCUUCAUUUGUAAAAAUAUUGUGUGUGUGCAUGCAUGUGUGCGUGUGUGUUAACUAUAUAGUAUUAUAUUUUGUAGUUGUAGGCUAAGAAUAAUCCAUUUGAGCAACACAAGCAACUUAACAUGUCAUUCGAAGUCCUUAGAUAUUGUGAUCUUUCUAAUUAAUAUCUAGGUAGAGCUGAGAUGGGGGUGAAGGAUAAUGUAUACAGUAUUUUGUUGUAAGUUUUAAUAUCAGUUGUAUUCUUGUGCAUUGUUUCAUUAUGUCAGUGUAAACUUUGGGGGUUUUGCUGUCAGUGGAGAAAGUGAUUAUUCAAAUAAUUCUGGAGAAUAUGAUGUAAAAAUAAGAUGCAUUUUGAUGUAUCUUAAAAUGUUUUAUGAUCUGCUAAGCAUUUUUAUUGCUGAUGUAAGACAAUUGACUCUUCAAAUUUAAUUUAUUUAAGUAGGUUUUAAUAAUUUAGCACGGAUAAGUAGAUUUGAAUUAGUAUUGCAUUUUACAAAAUUUCCAAAGAAUAUUUUAAUCUCUUAAUGUACUUUAUAUUACACUGGUGCUUAUUUCAAUUUCCAUAAUAGAUUACACAAUGAAAAUUAGCACCAGCACUGUGUGUAGUAAUCUAGAUGGGAAAACAAAUAUUUUAUAUAUUCAUUCAGGGCCUAAUCCUGCUCCCAUUAUCGUCAAGUGGUGCAGG